GAAUAAUUCCUUCCCCUUCCCCUCCAGGACUACUCUAGGCAUUUUUCAUCUUCCUUUACCUUGUCAACUAGACGACUUGGGAUAAGGAAAAACAUUAUAUAACCAUAGACAUGUAUAUAUAUAUACAUCUAUAUGUGUAUGAAUAAUUGUGAUUAUAUAUUAGUUUAAUGCCCGCAACCGCUAGUCAGUGUCCUGCAAUUUUUCCAUUUGAAUUGUUUAAAAACAAGAGCACGCAGCACGCAGCUCAUUCCAUCGACCUUUCUUGAUUCAAGCUUUCUUGGGAGGAACCAAAACCCAAAACCGAACUGAGCUCGACGAAGGAAAAAUGGAUUUCGACAGCACCUCGACCCCUUUGUUCAGCUGCGGCCUGGAUUUGGCAGGCCUAGCGAUAUCUUCCGAUCUCCUUCAUUACUCGUGGGAUGUGAUCACUGAACUCCGGACUAAUCCAAGUAGGCAUGUCGGCUCCUCUUCAGUGUCCGUUGAGUACAGAGAAUCUCAGGUGAGGAACUACAGGAUCAUAGCCUUCAUCGUGUCGCCGGUCACGGAGAAGUACCUCCAGGAAGGAAGCGAUUUGGUUCCGUCAUCAGAUAUUCCUGACUUCAGCUUCCUCUGCUCCAAGAGCAAUCCGGAGUUCUCCAUUAAUAGAGCUGCAAAGGCCCUCUUUGACUCUGUUCGCGGCGAGCUCUCUUCCCUUAAAGAUCGGGUCAAGGAAGGUGCAAAGUCAACAUCGUACAUCAUCACUGGGCACUCUUUGGGAGGAUCAAUCGCAUCCCUGUUCAUGCUUUGGCUGCUCAAUGAGCUCGAACCUACCACGACCAGAAGGCCCCUCUGCAUAACCUUUGGUGCUCCUCUACUCGGUGAUUCCCGGUUUCAACAAGCCAUAUACCAUUACUCGACUUGGAAUUCUUGUUUCCUGCAUACGGUUCACAGGGAUGAUCCCUUUCCCAGUAUUUUCGCUGCAAUGGAUUACCGACCUUUUGGGACUUUUCUCUUUCUAUCCGGGUCCGGCAAGGCUUGCUUCGAAGCCCCCGAUUCAAUCUUGGAGUUGCUCAUGAGGAUGAAACCUGAAAGAGGCGGGAAUCAAGACCUGCAGGAUAUUGGUUAUGGUCCAACAAUUCAAUCCCUCCGAAGUAAUUUUGUCUGCAAAGAUGUGACGGAGUUGAGCCGGAGAGAAAUCGAAUCCUACAAGGCUGGGAUUAUUGCACAACUCACGUCGAUUGGGUUGUUGCAAAAUGAGGACGAGGCCAGAAACAGUUGGGUGGAUAAGAAGACAGUGAAGCCGGAAAAGGCAGCGAUCACCCAAAAGAGGGAAAUGUUCGACCCGGCAAGGAAGCUCAAUGAUGUAAAGGUAAACAUGGCACAGUUAGAGUGGUACAAGAAGAUGAACGAGAAUGAAGGGUAUGCUUACUACGACAGUUACAAGAUCAAGCGGCACAUUCGGGACCAUAGGGUUGUGGAGUUCAAGAGGAUCCUUACAGAUUACUGGGAAAAAUUGGUCGAGGAGGUAGAGAAGAAGCCCCAGAUGGAGGAGGUCCCCUUGAGGAAACGGUGGCUCUAUGGUGGGACCAACUUCCGGAGAAUGGUUGAGCCGCUCGACAUAGCCGACUAUUACAAAGUGAAGGGGAGGAGAGAUUACUGGAACGGAGGAAGAUUGAACUGCUAUAAGAAGUUGGAGAAGUGGCUCAAGGAGGCUAAGAAGCCCGAUACCAGCCUCAACACCAGGAAGCAGAACAUUACGUCAAGCAUGACGGAGGAUUCCUGCUUCUGGGCCCACGUAGAGGAGGCAAUGAUUGCUUGCGAAGAUUGUAACAAUGGGGAAGAAGGAAGUUUCGAGAGGUUGGUGGAGUUUGAAACAUACGUGUUUGGGUUGAUCGAGAGGUACUCAGUUUCCCCAGAGAUAUUCCUACCAAAGAGCACUUACAUGAAGUGGUGGAAGAAGUAUGAGGGCAUCCUAAUGAGAAGAUCGGCAAGACAGCCAGGCUUGCACAAUUCAAAGCUAGUCCCAUUCAUGAAGAACGGUCGGUACCACGAGUACAAGGAGGGGAAGUAUGAUCCUUCCAAAGAUGAUGAAUGAGCGAUUUACGACUGGAUAAAUAUAAGGGUCGAGUCCAAGAAAACUAAAAAUAAUUUACUAGUUUUAUCAAUCUCAAUAUCACUGUAUUAUUUCAAUGCCUCACCGUAUUAUUUCAAUGCCUUUAAGCAAAGUGAAUAUCGAACUGUACAUUUCUUUCUGCCCUUA